CCUCAUUGCACGUCGUCUCUCGGUGUUUACAGCUCUCACCCUCUGCUGCAUUCGGAACAUAUUACUUCGGUCGUUCAGUAGCCGUUAGGGCUCAAUCGAUUGACCUAUACUCCAGUUUCGUUAACGAGGUUUCUUUCGCGGGAUUCGACCAGGGGCGUGGAUUGUGUCCCACUAUUUUUCUUGCAUUGAGGCGGUUAGGUAUUUGCGAAAGUCAUACAAGAUGGCGGACGGCGAUGCGCAGGUCGAGACCUUCGCCUUCCAGGCGGAGAUCAACCAGUUGCUUAGUUUGAUUAUCAACACUUUCUACAGCAACAAGGAAAUUUUCUUAAGAGAGUUGAUCAGUAACUCAUCCGAUGCCUUGGACAAGAUUAGGUUUGAGUCCCUGACCGACAAGAGUAAAAUGGAUGGGCAGCCCGAGCUGUUCAUUCAUAUUGUUCCCGACAAGGCCAACAACACCCUUAGCAUCAUCGACAGUGGUAUCGGUAUGACGAAGGCUGACAUGGUUAACAACCUGGGAACCAUUGCGCGGUCGGGGACCAAGGAGUUCAUGGAAGCCCUGACCGCCGGUGCCGACGUUAGCAUGAUAGGGCAGUUCGGUGUGGGUUUCUACUCUGCAUACCUGGUUGCGGAGAAGGUGGUGGUGACAUCGAAACACAACGAUGAUGAGCAGUACAUCUGGGAGUCACAGGCCGGGGGGUCGUUCACGAUCACUCGUGACACGAGCGGGGAGCAGCUGGGACGUGGAACGCACAUCAAGCUGUACCUGAAGGAGGACCAGCUGGAGUACCUGGAAGAGAGGAGGCUGAAGGACCUGGUAAAGAAGCACUCGGAGUUUAUCAGCUACCCGAUCUCGCUGUGGUCGGAGAAGACGACGGAGAAGGAGGUGUCGGACGACGAGGAGGACGAGGAGAAGAAGGAGGAAGAGGAGGGGAAGAUCGAGGAGGUGGACGAGGAGAAGGAGAAGGAGAAGGAGAAGAAGAAGAAGAAGGUGAAGGAGGUGUCGCACGAGUGGGCGCUGAUGAACAAGCAGAAGCCGAUCUGGAUGCGGAAGCCGGAGGACGUGACGAAGGAGGAGUACGCGGCGUUCUACAAGAGUUUGUCGAACGACUGGGAGGAGCACCUGGCGGUGAAGCACUUUUCGGUGGAGGGGCAGUUGGAGUUCAAGUCGGUGCUGUUCGUGCCGAAGAGGGCGCCGUUCGACCUGUUCGAUUCGCGGAAGAAGCAGAACAACAUCAAGCUGUACGUGCGGAGGGUGUUCAUCAUGGACAACUGCGAGGAGCUGAUACCGGAGUACCUGGGGUUCGUGAAGGGAGUGGUGGACUCGGAGGAUCUGCCGCUGAACAUAUCUCGGGAGACGUUGCAGCAGAGCAAGAUUCUGAAGGUGAUCCGGAAGAAUUUGGUGAAGAAGUGCAUGGAGAUGUUCGCGGAGGUGGCGGAGAACAAGGAGGACUACCAGAAGUUUUACGAGGCGUUCGCGAAGAACUUGAAGCUGGGGAUCCACGAGGACAGCCAGAACAGGUCGAAGCUGGCGGACCUGUUGAGGUACCACUCGACGAAGAGCGGGGAGGAGAUGACGAGCCUGAAGGACUACGUGACGCGGAUGAAGGAGGGGCAGAAGGACAUCUACUACAUCACGGGAGAGAGCAAGAAGGCGGUGGAGAACUCACCGUUUUUGGAGAAGCUGAAGAGGAGGGGGUACGAGGUGCUGUACAUGGUGGACGCGAUCGACGAGUAUGCGGUGGGACAACUGAAGGAGUACGACGGGAAGAAGCUGGUGUCGGCGACAAAGGAGGGGUUGGUGUUGGAAGAGACGGAGGAGGAGAAGAAGAAGAAGGAGGAGACGAAGGCGCGGUUCGAGCCGCUGUGCAAGGCGGUGAAGGACAUAUUGGGGGACAAGGUGGAGAAGGUGGUGGUGUCGGACAGGAUCGUGGACUCGCCGUGCGUGCUGGUGACGGGCGAGUACGGAUGGUCGGCGAACAUGGAGAGGAUCAUGAAGGCGCAGGCGCUGCGCGACAGCAGCAUGUCGAGCUACAUGUCGUCGAAGAAGACGAUGGAGAUCAACCCUGACAACCAGAUCAUGGAGGAGUUGAGGAAGAGAGCGGAGGUGGACAAGAACGACAAGAGCGUGAAGGACUUGGUGCUGUUGCUGUUCGAGACGGCGAUGUUGACAUCAGGGUUCAGCUUGGAGGAGCCGAACACGUUCGGGAACAGAAUCCAUAGGAUGCUGAAGUUGGGACUGAGCAUCGACGACGAUGUCACGGAAGCCGAUGCAGACAUGCCACCACUGGAGGCUGAUGCCGAGGAGGAGGGCUCCAAGAUGGAGGAAGUAGACUAAAUGAUUAGGUAGGGCAGUUUAUUUAAGUGGUGAACAAUUUUGUGGAUGUUGUAAGGAAUGUAACCGGGUGAUUGAAACCCUGUUUUGUAGGAUAGCAAAUAGAUGAGUUGAUGGAUUGUUUUACACUUUCCCUCAUUUGAUUUGGACAAUAUCCUCCCCCCAAUGAACACAGUAACGAUAUUUCAUUUAUUUUUCCCGUUUAC